AUGGUGGUCCCAUGUGGAGAUGGGUCCCCCCGACCCCAUCCUGGGGGUGACAGAAGCUUUCAAGCGCGACACCAACUCCAAGAAGAUGAACCUGGGUGUGGGGGCGUACCGGGAUGACAACGGGAAGCCGUACGUCCUGAACUGUGUUCGCAAGGCGGAGGCCAUGAUAGCAUCCAAGAAGAUGGACAAGGAGUACUUGCCCAUUGGGGGGCUGGCGGAUUUCACCCGGGCAUCUGCAGAACUGGCCCUGGGUGAAAACAGUGAGGCUUUCAAGAGCGGCCGGUAUGUCACUGUGCAGGGUAUUUCUGGGACUGGAUCUCUGCGAAUUGGAGCCAAUUUUUUGCAACGGUUUUUCAAGUCUAGCCGUGAUGUGUAUCUGCCCAAACCGUCCUGGGGCAAUCACACACCCAUUUUCCGUGACGCUGGCCUGCAACUUCAAGCUUACCGCUACUACGACCCCAAGACAUGCAGCCUUGACUUCUCUGGAGCCAUGGAUGACAUUUCUAAAAUUCCAGAGAAGAGCAUCAUCCUCUUGCAUGCUUGUGCUCACAACCCCACUGGAGUGGAUCCCCGGCAGGAGCAAUGGAAGGAGAUGGCUGCUAUGGUGAAGAAACGGAACCUCCUCGUGUACUUUGACAUGGCCUACCAGGGCUUUGCCAGCGGGGACAUCAACCGGGAUGCCUGGGCUGCGCGGUAUUUCAUCGAGCAGGGCAUCAACGUCAUCUUGUCACAGUCCUAUGCCAAGAACAUGGGGCUGUACGGAGAGCGUGCAGGUGCCUUCACGGUGGUCUGCAGUGACGCAGAGGAAGCCAAGAGGGUCGAAUCACAGCUGAAGAUCCUCAUCCGUCCCAUGUACUCCAACCCACCCCUGAACGGAGCCCGCAUCGCCUCCAUCAUCCUGAACACCCCUGACCUUCGGAAA